AUGGGCAAGAAGAAGAGCACCAGCGCCUCAGACGCGGCCAAACCGAUUUAUGCCACAGUCGAUGCUGUGGUAGAUUUCGCUGAGCAGUUCACCCGACUAGAGGCUGAAAACGCCAAGCUUUGGAAGACUGUCAAAACUUCGGCUGAUCAGGUGCUGGAGGCCAACAGGCUUGCCACCGACGCCAAGAAUGAAAAUGUCUUGCUGAAGGAGGAGUUGAAGAAGCUGAAGCGGCAGAUGAAAGAUGAACAGGACGCCAGGCGUGAGGCUGCGGUUGCAACCGAUAAGAAGGAAGGCGUCCUCCGUGAAUCCAUCAAGGAUUUAUUGGUCGUAUCUUCUGAUAAAUCUGAGGAGAACAAGAAGAUCCAUGAAAAGGUCGAGGCGAUGACUGACGUUGCUCACCCGAAACACGAUUUAUGGUUGCAUCGUCCGAAGGCUGUUAUCGUGGCGAAGUUUGAGCAUCGGGUAGAGAAGCUGCAUUACUACUUUGAUAAAUUCCACGCUUAUCUCACGAUGCCAAUUUACGCUACAGUCGAUGCUGUGGCGGACUUUGCUGAACAAUUUACUCGCCUAGAGGCCGAAAAUGCCCAACUUCGGAAGGCUAUCAAGUAUUCGGCUGAUCAAGCGGUCGAAGCCAACAGGAUCGCUGUCGAUGCCAAGAGUGAGAACGCCUUGUUGAAGGAGGAGGUAAAGAAGCUGAAGCGUCAGAUGAAGGAUGAUCAAGAUGCCAGGCGUACAGCGACGGCUGCAAUUGACGAGAAGGAAGGUGUCCUCCGCGAAUCCAUCAAGGAUUUACUGGAGGCCGCCAAUUUAACUGUCAGCUGA